CACCGGUUUGGAGACGUGCACAAAUUGAAAGACACGUUCACUAAGUCACUCCAAUUGUGUCCUAGACAGUACCCAAACCAGUACCAUGGCCAAAAAAAACCAACUCUCCUUCCUCACAUCAGCCGCUCUUUUGGUCAUUUUGGUUUCUGUUUCGGAAACGCUGUGUCGCCCUCUUGGAGAGGAACCCUUGUUAAAGCAAUAUGAGGAGUGGAUAGCAAUCCACGGGCGCGUCUACAACGACGCGGCCGAAACGGCCAAACGGUAUGAGAUAUUUAAAGAGAACGUUAAGCGCAUCAACGCUUUUAAUGAUGGUAAGGAUGUGGGGUAUAAACUUACUGUGAACAAGUUCGCGGACCUAACCAACGAGGAGUUUCGCGCUUCCCACACCGGCUACCAGAGCAGGCCCACCAGGGUCCUGUCCUCUGUGGAUGCAAAACCGUUCAAUUAUGCGAACUUCAACGCCAUUCCAGCUGCCUUGGAUUGGCGAACCAAGAAGGCCGUGACGUCUGUCAAGGAUCAAGGUGACUGCGGAAGUUGUUGGGCAUACUCGGCCGUGGCGGCGAUGGAAGGGAUUACCAUGCUCAAGAAGGGGAAGUUGAUGUCACUCUCGGUGCAAGAACUUGUGGACUGCGACGUUAAUGGAAAGGAUUCGGGCUGUGAGGGUGGGUACAUGGACGGUGCCUUCAAGUUUAUCAUAAGCAAGGGCGGCCUCACGACCGAGGAGAACUACCCAUACCGGGGAAAUGAGCAGACCUGCAACUCGGCCAAGACGGCGAACCACGCAGCCUCGAUAACUGGAUACCAGGAUGUCCCAGCCAACAGCGAGAAGGCCCUCUUGCAGGCGGUAGCGAAUCAGCCGGUCUCGGUGGCAAUAGAGGGGGGAGGGUUCGAGUUCCAAUUCUACAAGAAUGGCGUCUUCACAGGCUCGUGCGGGACCUAUAUCGACCACGCGGUCACAGCAAUUGGGUAUGGGAAGACCUCUGGCGGGACCAAGUAUUGGCUGCUGAAGAAUUCGUGGGGCACCGGGUGGGGCGAGGGCGGGUACAUGAGGAUCCAGAGGGAUGUGAGCUCUAAAACUGGUCUCUGUGGUCUUGCCAUGAAUGCUUCUUAUCCAACCGCAUGAGGAAAGAAGGAAGAUGAAUAAUUAAAUUAUGAGCUUAUAUAUGUCAUACUGGUUCUUAGGCACUGUAAAAGAAGCAAGUUUAAGUGACAAUACGUCACUAGGGUGGUGUGUCCUAUAGCAGAAACUGUAUGUUGUU